AUGCAGGAAGAUAAUGAGACAGAGUCUUUUGGCUCUAAUCAUCAAGUGGAAUCAGUACCUCUUACAUCCACAGACGAGAUGGGAAUCUCAACGUAUAGUUUCAAACUUGAGGAUGCAAUUGCAAAGGCAAAUUUCGGAAAGUUUAACUACGUUCUUAUCACCCUAUCCGGAAUAAUUCUCACAAGUGGCAUGCUUGACAUAACCAGUAUGGGAAUGGUUCUUCCGAUAGCACAAUGUGAUUUAAAUUUAAGUAACUCACAUAAAGGAUUUUUGGGUUCUGUAACAUACAUUGGGGUGAUUUUGUCGUCUCACUUUUGGGGCUUUGCUGCUGACACAAAAGGUAGAAAGAAAGUUUUAGUUCCAGCACUUAUUCUGUCAUUUGCAACUGCAACGAUUUCAAGUUUUGCAACAUCGUUUUGGUUUCUGGCUCUCAUGAGGUUUCUGAACGGAAUAUUCAUUUGUGCAUCACAAUCGAUUAUUUAUGCAUUCAUGGGAGAGUUUCAUGUGCCGAAAAGAAGAGCGAAAAUCAUGAUGUUAGCAUCUGUUGUUUAUGGCAUUGCAUCGCUUAUGAACCCUAUUAGUGGAGUUGUUCUAUUGAAUUUGGUCGAUUGGAGCUUUUACAUACCGUUCUUGGAUUUACAAUUUAAGACAUGGAGAAUGUUUCUCAUCGUAUGUACGAUUCCAAAUUUAAUAUCAGCAAUACUUUUGAUCUUCUUAAUACCCGAGUCACCAAAGUACACAUUCUCCCAAGGCGAUGAAGCAAAGACAUUAGAGAUCCUCAGAGAUAUAUUUCGUAGAAAUACAGGUAGAUCAAUACUCGAAUAUGAGGUCAAAAGCUUGAUUAAGGAUAAAGAGUUCAAUGAAGCAAAUUCUAAAGCAUCAAAGGGAUUUUUCAAAUUCAUGUGGACACAAACUGCUCCAUUAUUCAAACAUCCACAUAUGAAAAACACAAUGACUGCAUGCUACUUACAAUUUUCUAUUUUGAUAACAAUCAAUGGCUUUUGGACAUUUUUUCCUGAAAUACAGAAUAAAACUUAUAUAUGGAUGGCAAAUCAUCCAUCUGAUGCUACAUCAACAGUUUGUGGAAUUCUUGAAUCAUUCCAUCAUAAAAAUCAAACAGUUGCUGCUAUUAAGAGCUUAAGUCACUGUACUACACAUUUACGAAUUGAUACAUUUAUCAACAUUACUAUUAUUUCCGUUUUGUACACAGUUGGAUGGACUGUUUGUUCAUUCAUCAUUGAUUAUACUGGAAAGCUUUUAAUCAUUGUAUUGAUUAUGCUUAUUUGCGGAAUCUGUAGUGCUUUGAUGAUGUUUGUCAAUAUCCCAAGCAUAUCUGUAUACCUUUAUGUUAUUUUACAAACGGCUGGUCUUAAUAUGACAAUCAUUAAUUCAUCGACAGUUGAACUAUUCCCAACUUCAUUAAGAGCCAUGGCAGUUUCAAUAUCAAUGAUGGUCGGUAGAAUUGGAAGUGCAGUUGGAUCAAAUUUCUUAGGAUUUGCAUUGGAUAGGUUUUGUACUUAUACAUGGCUGCUACCUUGCGUAUUAUUACUAUCAAGUGGACUUCUCUCAUUCACAAUACCAGACAUUGGAAAGAGAAGAAAGCAUGAGACAACUUCUCAUACUCCUCAAAUUAAAAUGUAA